AUGACUAUAUUUCAGGGUCUGAACUACAAAGAAGAUUGGAAGCUGGUGACAGUGCUUAUUGGAAUGAAUGACAUCUGUGAUUAUUGUAAAAACAAAACUCUCUUCUCAGCGGACAACUUCAUCUACUACAUGACAGAGAUGCUUGACACAAUGAUGAACGAGGUCCCUAGGAUGAUAGUGAACAUAGUGCAGAUCCUUCCCAUGGAGAGUCUCAGAGAAGUUCAGAGGCCCUCCAUCGGCUGUGAGCUCCAAAAGAGGUUCUGUUCCUGCUUGGUGUUACCAGAGGAUAACUCUACUGACCUGAAGGAACUAGGGAGGUUCUGCUCCUGCUUGGUGUUACCAGAGGAUAACUCUACUGACCUGAAGGAACUUAUAGAACUCAACUUUGAAUUUCAGUGGAGGCUGGAGAAGCUUCUGGAAAGCGACCGCUUCUUCAAAGAGGACUUUGCUGUGGUUCUGCAGCCCUAUCUUCAAAACGCCCAGCCACCAAGACUGCCUGUUUGUUCCCUACCCAUGAACCUCUAA